AUGACCACAUUUAUUCCUGCUCUCACUUUGCCUCGCCAGGUCUUUGACAUCCGGCAACCUCAAUCCUCCUACCCAUCGCCCUGGGAACUGCCGUCGGCUACACUUCAAGUCGCAAGUUUCCCCUCCAACCCCCGCGCGGCCUUGCGCCACGGCCGCGCCAACACUCUCAAGACCUACGCCAGCAUCAAGAACCCUCCCGGAAACCCCCCUCCCUAUGUCUUCGGCCCCGUCUGGACUGUCCUUUACGGGCUGAUGGGCUACGCUGCCUACCGCGCCGUCUCCAUCGGCCUCGCCCCCGGUGCCACCUCCGCCCAGGCCGACCUCACGCGUCACGGCGCCACCCUCUACUCUAUCCAGCUCGCCCUCAACCUCGCCUGGACGCCGCUCUUCUUCGUCUUCCGCCGCCCCGCCGAGGCCACCGCCGAUAUCAUCUCCCUCCUCGGCGUCAACGCCUACCUCGCCUACGUCUGGGGCCAGGUCGACCGCACCGCCGGCCUGCUGCAGCUGCCCUACCUCGGCUGGCUCAGCUUCGCCACCUACCUGUGCGCCGGCGCCGGCUACCUCAACAACUGGGACAUCAGCGAGAAGAGCGAGGCGGAGCCCAAGGGAAAGGGCAAGGCGCUGUGA